GUGCUCGCUGCUCCUGGCCUCGAGAGAGAGCCGCUGCGGUCGAGAAGAUGACAGAUUGACGUCAUCGGGACUGACGCAGAGCGAACCGAGAUAGCACAGAGGCAGAGCAGCAGCAGCAGCAGCAUCCCGUCUAACUAACGGCACCUCACCAAUCUCUCACCGCCAGCGAGGUGUUUUCUCACUGAGCAUCCUCGAAAAAUAACGAGAUAAAAGAUAAGAUGGCCACCUCCUCCUCCACUCUGGAAGAAGACGAGAGUUUGAAGGGCUGUGAAAUUUUUGUGCAGAAGCACAACAUCCAGCAGAUCCUCAAAGAGUGCAUUGUGAACCUCUGCAUUGCUAAGCCUGAGCGUCCUAUGAAGUUCCUGCGGGAGCAUUUUGAAAAGCUGGAGAAGGAGGAAUGCAAGCAGAUCAUGGCACGACAGAAAUCUAACAGCCAGUCAGACUCACAUGAUGAUGAGGUUUCUCCCCCACCGCCCAACCCUGUUGUCAAGGCCCGGCGCCGCAGGGGAGGGGUCAGUGCCGAGGUCUACACUGAAGAGGAUGCUGUCAGCUACGUGCGCAAGGUGAUCCCAAAGGACUACAAGACCAUGACCGCUUUGGCCAAGGCAAUUUCCAAGAAUGUGCUCUUUGCUCACCUGGACGACAAUGAGAGAAGUGACAUAUUUGAUGCCAUGUUCCCAGUCACCCACAUUGCAGGGGAAACAGUCAUCCAGCAAGGCGAUGAAGGGGACAACUUCUAUGUGAUUGACCAAGGUGAAGUGGACGUGUAUGUGAAUGGGGAGUGGGUGACCAGUAUUGGAGAAGGAGGCAGUUUUGGAGAGCUGGCCCUGAUCUAUGGGACUCCCAGAGCUGCCACUGUAAAGGCCAAAACUGAUCUUAAACUGUGGGGCAUUGACCGAGACAGCUACCGCCGCAUCCUCAUGGGCAGCACACUGAGGAAGAGAAAGAUGUAUGAAGAGUUCCUCAGCAAGGUCUCCAUCCUUGAGUCUUUGGAUAAGUGGGAACGUCUGACGGUGGCCGAUGCUCUGGAGCCCGUUCAGUUUGAGGAUGGAGAGAAGAUAGUGGUGCAAGGAGAACCUGGUGAUGACUUCUUCAUUAUUACAGAGGUGGGGGACUCAGGUGGCUGAUAUGCAUUUCAUCAUGCAGAGACGUUGGUGGGCUCUUUGAGGUCGGAACUGAUCCCAGUUCAUUACCACCAGGAGACGAACUGCCCAGUGGUGUUCCCUAGCCCCUGUCCACAGUCAUGACCCCCCCCAAGACACACACACACGUGCGCACACACACACACACACUGCAGGCUUUGUGGAGCAGGGGCCCCUGGUGCAGCUUCAUGAAGGGCCCCCUGCCUGUCGUCCUAACACAAUUUUGAUUAACUCCAUACUCACAUAGCCUUCACCAGGGUCAAGUCAAGAGGGUCCUCUCUAGAGGGGGCAGAGGCACAAUCUGCUGUGGUUUUUGUCCUUCCCUUCUUUCUCCUCUCAUUCUCUGAAUUACUUGAAGGUUGGUCUCUCUCUGUCAUUCACUGUGUCUAUGUUAUUCUAGGUCCUGCAGUAGUCCUUGUGAGCACUGCAUUGGUUACAUUGUGUGGGAGUGGUUAGGUUUAGGUAAGCCAGAGGAGGAUGUUAUCAAAGGUGCAGAGUGAUGUGUCGCUCAUUAUCCCUCUUUUGGCCCUCUCUCUCUCUCUCUCUCUCUCUCUCUCUCGCUCCCCAUGUGCCCCUCCAGGGCCACACUCCUACCUUCCAUCCUUCUUUCAUUCACUGUCUUUGUCACUGAGUUAUGCCUCUCUUCGAACACAAACUUCACCAAAGAUUUGUUUUCUCUUGUUUAGGCCCUGAUCCAGCACAUUAAAUUUGAAAUAUAACAAUAAGGUUAAAGAUCUGACUUUGAGUUUGAGUUGAUGCCAGUUACAUCCACACAGGGUGAACAGUACAGCACUUGUGGGACCACUAUUUAAUGUAUAACUGACAAUAAAUCCAACUUAGUACAGUCUUUUCUUUCUGUAAGCAAGACUGAAGAUGAAACAAAGUGAAAAGCCACUGAGGCAAACAGAAAUUGAAGUCCUGGAAGAUGUGUUUGCAGGAAGUCAUUGAUUGCAAAGGAUUUAUAUAUAAAUUUCCUAAAAAACAUUCUUAACCAUCAUUAGAUUCAUAUUAAAGUAGAACAUAUUACAUACAUAUUAUGUAACAUUUGCUGAAUAGGAAAAAGGAUAAAUGUUUAAACAUAGUGUAACAGUAGUACAAGUACAGAAGAAUCAUAAAUCCAGGGAACUGACAAAAAAAACAUCUGUCUACAUUUUGCAAACAUUAGCCAUGAAUUGCCCCUGGAGGGACAAAUAAAGUACCGAAUCAAACUGAAUCAAACUGAAUCAAAUCCUUCGAACAUGAGUUUGACUAAGCAGAGAAUGUACCCUAAGUAGGGUUUAGGACUCAAAUAUAACAAUUACUGCAGCAAUGCACGACUCAUCGGUAUGAGAAUGGUACAUCCACAAAAGGAGAGGAGCCAAAAUAUGCAAAGGAAUCUUUGGGGAUUGUUGGAUGGAGAGGUGGAGCAGAACGGGAGGAAGGAAGAGAGACAAGGAUGGAGUCUCAAGCAAGCAAGCAAGCAUUCAGCUCAUUCCGGUUUGUCGUCUGGCUGGCUCUGUCUGAGUGUGUUACAGUGUGUCACUCUAAGGCCUUUUAAAACAGGCAGGGUGCAUCCACACACAUCAUUGAGAAGACGGGCAACUAUCCAACUUUCAUUAAAAAGCAUGUUUUGCAACGCUCCUGCUUCCUCUUUAAUUCCAUCAUGCAGCAGUAGUGCGUCUCUCUCUUUAAUCCCGCUCUCCUUCCUGUCUUUCCUCUAAGCCCCCUCUCUCUCUCUCUCUCUCACUCUUUUUCCAUCCCUCAUGCAGACUUUCCCAGAGCAGGGUGGACUGUGGUGGAAUGUGCGUUGCUGACUUUCACACGGGGUCAGGAGACCCAGCCUCCCGGGAGGGAGACGAAAAGGGAGAGAAGGAUGAGUCAAAGAGGGCAGGGUGGGACAUACAGGGAGAGAGCUGGUGAUUUGAAAGUGACCACAAAUAAGGCGGUAGUGAAGUAAGAUCGCAACUUUCUCCCGUUGCCAGCUUCUUUUUUUUCCUGCAUGUGCACCCUUUUAGUUCUGUAGAUUAAGUUGAGAUGUCUGCGCUUUCCUCAGAUAAAACCUCCUCACUCUCCCCGCCUCCCUAUUCCUCCGGCUCUUCUCACUCUUUUGUUAUUUCUGCGGUUUUGGAGCAUGAGCCGAAGACAAACCCCACAAUCACUAAUUACAUGCUGCUGAUGGGGAGGAUUAACAAAAGGGAGCCAUAGAGACAUCACUUUCUUUGCCUGCCGGGAGGAACGGGGCCUAAUCAAAAGUGACGUGUUUACAUUUUUUUUUUCUCGCACAGUACAAACAAGCCUUUACAGAGCUCCGGGGCCGUGAAGACUCAGCCUCACCUUCCCUCGCAUCCCCUCCUUCUUCUCUUCCCUCCAUUUCCUCCCUUCUUCAGGACUUAUGUCCCGGCUCACCCAGCGCUUUUUCUCCUUCAUGCUGGUACACUCAACCUCAGCACCCUGUCAUCUGUGGUCUCACCGCUGCCACCUUAAAUGUUGCACAUGAAAAGAGGGAGAUGGAGGGAUAAGGGAGCUUGGUGAACAUCAAGGAGACAGAUGUCAGUGAGAGUUUUGAAUCGUGGUGUUGAAAAGAAAAAAGUAUAUUGGGUCUGCUGCUUCUUACUGUGGUUACAUUCUUUGACUUGUAAAACUCGUAACCUUUUAGCAGCGGUCGGACAGUCUUCAUUUGCAAGUCACAAGUAAAUUCCCUUUCAGACUUUCGCCUCUUUCAUUUACACAUUACGAUGUUACAUUUCCAUAACACUCAACAUAUCACAAGUCUCCCGUGAGUGUCGUCAGAUUAACUCGGCGACUACAGAAGCACAACAUUAAAGACAGAUUAACGUCAUGUUUUGUUGACCCGAUUAGGCCGCUCAUUUUUUCAUAUUUCAUGUUUCAUCAUGCAUUGUAAACAUGAAAUGAAAUCUUCAGCUGUCCUCUUUUCAAAACAGUGACCCAACCCAAAUCAGCUGUGUAUUUGCUGUCUUGGACACACCCCAUUCCUCCUGAAAAUAAAUGACUUGAAUCAUUCAGUGAGUGAGCUUUUCCCCGCGAGCUUUCUUGCAAAUGUCUGAGAGCACAACAGAACUGAGAAACGAAGGGAUCAUUUCGGAAAGUGAUUCAGUUCAGUUUGUUCACCUAACAGAGUUGUGCUUUUGCGGACACAGCACUAACUCGUGCCUGUUAACCAUUGGAUGAAAAGUCAGUGAAAUCAGGUGAGGGUCGUUCAUCCCUUCUGCUGAGGCAUUCGCUCUCACCUCCUCCCAUCAUCAGUCCAAACACUAGCUCAUCGUGUUAUCCCACGUUUGUCCUUUGGCCCCAAACAUAAGUAAUCACACUGUGGGGAUCUAAAGGGUCCCUGUGGGUCACACAGAAGAGAAAUCCUCUGUGGGUUGUCUGCAUUAUAUCGCCUUUUACUGUAACCUGUGCAUAUGUCCUGAAAUUCAAUUUAGCUAAUGGACUUUAACACCACUUUUAUAGAGUGAAGAUCAAUGCAGUUAAUGAAUUAAGUCA